UUAAGCAUCAUCAACGACUGCCCGACAACUGAUACCUCUCUGAGGAGGUGGUGGGGACCACCAACCACUGCCCUCAAGGGAGUAAAUAAAUAAAUACAUACAUAAUAGGGAAAAGCUUCUGGAUCCUGUCUGGCUAUGGUGGCGGCGAUGGCUGAUGCAGGCGGCUCCACCAUGUUUGCUGAAGUUGUUGGCCUCGUUGAGGCGUUCAUUAAAAAGCACGGAUUGAAAAAGACGCUGAAGUCAUUGCGCGCUGAAUGCAAUUUGGAUCCCGAUGGGAAAGUGGAGGGUGACCUGGAAGAGAUUUACAAGUUUUACAAAGAGAGUAAAACAAGUGGAAAGAAGAGGAAGAGUGAAUGGGGCCCAGAUCUCGAUGAGCCAUCAAAGAAGACAGUCAGGGCAGCAAAUGGCUCCGCCGUUCCAGUAAGUGCAGAACGUGUGAGUGCAGAGCCUGCUGAUGCCAAUGGAUCUGACAAAUCGACGGUUGAAGUGAAUCCCCCUGGGCAUCCGUCCAACAACUUAGCAGCGGUGGAUUCAAAGCGGAAGAAGGCGGCCUUGGCUUCCGAUGUCGAGGACGGUGGCAUGGCAGUAGUGCCAGCUGUUCAUCAGCUCGAGCUCGUAGGAUCUGGGAAAAAGUCGAAGUCAAAGAAGCAGAAACGUAAACAACAUGAGCAAAAGGACGGUCAGGAUGAAAAGAUCGAGGAUGUGGAGAUGGAGGACGCGCAGCCAAAGGACGGUGAAGACCUGGCGAUCGGACUAAGGACACCUGAGGUUAAUCGCGGCCAUCCGUCUAGUGAAGAUGUGGAACAAGAAGGUGGAAGGACCAGCGAGAAGAAGAAGAAGGGGAAGAAGAAGAAGGGAAAGGAGGGGAAGGAGAAAGAGGAAGAGGAAGAGAAAGAGAAAGAGAAAGAGCAAGAGGAGGAGACACCAGAUGAUGAUGUCGAUAUGAGUCGUUCUGCCUACGUGGACAGAAGCGAAGGGGAGAGGAAGAGUGAGAAGAAGAAGAAGAAGAAGGAGGGGGAGGGAAAGCGUGAGAAGGGUGCGGAAGACGAUCCCGAGGCAGCGGACGACAAAAACAUUGCAGAGGGGGAUGAGAAUGGUCGGAAGACACAUCGAAGUGAUGGUGAGGUGGAUACGGCUGUUCCGGCUGACGUGGACGAGAGAGAAAGGGAGAGGAAGAGCGAGAAGAAGAAGAAGAAGAACAAGAAGGGAAAGCAAGAGAAGAGUGCGAAAGAAGAUGUUCCCCCCGAGGCAGCGGACGAGGAGAACGCGGAGGAUGGACAAGAGGAUUCUGCUGAGGGUGACGGUCAUCGGGAGAAGCUCUUUUCCGAUGAUGUGGUGGAUAUGGCACGCGCGUCUUCCGUCAGUGAAGUUGCUGCCGCCGCCACUGUCGAGAUCCCAGACGGCGGUGGCGUUGUGAACAUUGAGAGCGACGAUGACGAGGAGGAAAGGAAAAGCGAGAAGAAGAAGAAAAAGACGAAGAAGGGAUUGAUGAAGGACAAGAGCGAUGAGGACAUCGCGGAGGUCGCAAAGGAGGAGGACGAUGUAGGGCCAUCAGGAGGGGGAGUUAUGCAUAUCGUGAACGAGGGCCCAGAGGGCGGCGUGGUGGUGGAUAUCGUGAGCGAUGACGAGGAGGAAAGAGGGGAAAGUGAGAAGAAGAAGAAGACCAAGAAGAAGAAGAAGGGAUCGAAAGACGAGAACGGAGAGGGUAUUGCUGACGGGGGGGCAAUGAUGGAGGGCAACGCCGGAGCAGCAGGGGAAGAGAUGGGUUUGAAUGAGGAUGGGGAUGGGCAGGCGGUUGAGGGCACGUGGUCGCCGGAGGAGGAAGAGAAGAGGGAGAAGGGAGAGAAGGGAGACAGCGAUGACAAGAAGAGGAAGAAGAAGGACAAACAUAAGACCAAGCAUAAGCUUGAGGAGAGCGAAGAUGGAGCGGUGGAUGGUGGUGAGAGUCUAGUAGAUGGUACAGGCAACGACCGAAUUGUGGAUGGGGAGCAAGCGAUGGACGGAGCGAAGAAGGAUUUACAGGACGACGAGGAAGAUACAAGGAAAAUAAAGACGACUCCGAAGAAGAAGAAGAAGAACAAGAAGAAGAAGAAUAACGAGGAGGAGGAGGAGGUAGAGGAGGGUAAGGAGAUUGCAGAGGGCGGCGGUGGCGGAGGAGGCGGCGAAGAAGAGACAGACGGGCAAUGCAUGGAGAUGGAUCCGGUUCUGAUCUCUCCGGCGUCGAAAACGCCGGGUUCCCGUAACGAUCGGCGGAAAGAGGUGACAGAUGUGAGUGCGACACCGAACGAGAAGAAACCUGCAGAUACGGAAAGGAAUGGCGGCGAAAAGACUCCAUCGCAGCCAUGCCCAAUUGCGGACGGAAAUGGAGACAGUGCGACAGAGCGGAAUGGUCCAACUCCAAACAGUCAGACACCGAGAGAAAGGGAGGCAGCGGCAGCAGCUAGAGCCGCCGACAUUGCUGAUCAGGUGGCUCUCCUCCGGAUCCCGGAAGCUAAUGUUGACCGGUUCCGGGAGGAACUAGCUGCUGCUGUAGCAGCCUUGGUCCGACUGCGGACCUUGGAAGACUUUGAGUCUCGUAUGACAGCACUUGAGCAGCGGAACGAAGAGCUGCAGGCUAAGCUCAAGCAGCAACGCCGUGCCCAAGGGAGCGUGGAGCUGACUUUCUUUAAACUGCUCAUUAACCGCCGAUACAUCUGCGUGCUGAUUGACAGUGGUUUGACCACUAACUUCUUCUCUUCGAACGGGAUUCGUAAGGCGGGCCUGGGUAUGAAGCAAGUGGAACUGCAGAACCCUUGCCGGACUCAGGUGGGCAACCAAGAGGUUGUCACUUCCACUCAUGCUGUCAAAGGUGUGCGCAUGACCUUUGACAAAGACCGCACUGUCACACACGAGCUGAAUUUUUAUGUCUUGGACAUGUGUCCUUUCGACGCGGUCAUUGGCUUGGGCUGGCUAAAGGCCCAUUGCCUACGGACCACGUGGGCGGACAAUCAGUUCGUGGUACUUGAUGCCAAGGGGAACGAGCGUACCGUCUUACUAGAUGAGACGCGCGAGUCCCCUGUGACUCUUCUAAGUGCUAACAAAUUCUGCAGGUCAGUGCGCAGGCGCAAGGAAGCUGGGUUUGUACAUAUAGCUCUUGUAAAGCCUUUCCAUGUGCCUUCUACUUUUGCUGCACUUUCUACCUCUGAAGGUAACUCUACCUCUACUACUUCUACUUUUGUUCCACCUACUUCUGCUGUAAAUGAUCGAUCUAGUGCAGAACCAAAUAUUUCGAAACCGGUUGUAAUUGUUGUAAAUUCCCAAUCUGACUUUCUCUCCCUUGAUGAGGAUGAUCCUCCACCAGAAAUCCCAGCGAACAUUCGCCAUCUGUUAGAUCGAUUUCCUGAGGUAUUGGCUGAACCCCGCGGAGUUCCCGAGUGUCCAGUCAAGCACAAAAUCGAGAUAAUAGAGGGAAGUGUUCCUCCAAAGGGCUGCGUCUACCGUAUGGGACAAGGCGAGUUGGAGGAGCUGCGGAGACAAAUUGAUGACAUGAUUGAUCGUGGAUGGAUUAGGCCUAGCGAGUCUGAGUUCGACGCACCUGUUUUGUUUGUGCCGAAGAAAGGAGGCAAACUCCGGAUGUGCAUUGAUUAUCGUGGUUUGAACCGAAUCACAAGGAAUAAUGCCUACCCUUUGCCUCGUAUAGAUGAUCUGUUGGAUGCGGCCGGUGGAUGCAAAGUCUUCUCCAAGAUCGAUCUCAAGUCUGGCUACCACCAGAUUGAAGUUGAUCCGAGCGACCAGCACAAAACUGCGUUCAAGACACGUAAUGGGCUGUACGAAUUCAUCGUUAUGCCCUUCGGCCUUACGAACGCACCAGCCACAUUUCAGUCCCUCAUGGACAAGGUACUCCGCCACCAACUUAACAGGUUUGUGGUUGUGUAUCUUGAUGACAUUCUGAUUUUCAGCAGGUCCAUGGAGAAGCACGUCAAGCAUCUCGAGGAGGUCUUGCAAGUCCUCAAAGAUGCUCAACUGCACCUCAACUUGGAGAAAUCUGAGUUUGGCAGGGACAGCGUUAUCUACCUUGGGCACCAGAUGUCUGCAAGCGGUCUUGAGCCGGAGGCAACCAAGUCGAUUUCCAUCGACUUCACGGACAUGGGAAAGGUGAGUGAGGCUGAAAAUUCACAAGUCAUGGUCAUUGUGGACCGCUUCUCCAAAGUUCUGAACUUGAUUCCUCUCCCUCCUCACGCCCCGACUGAACUUGUUAUAGAAGAAUUCCAUCAGCAGUACAUUCUGCAGUCCGGCGUCCCGAAAACUAUUGUCAGUGAUCGGGACACCAGAUUCAUCAGCAAAGAUUGGAAAGACUUCACAUCUCAGAUCUACGACAUCAAACUGAACAGGACUUCUGGUCGACAUCCCGAAGCCAACGGAUUGGCUGAGGAGAUCAACCAGACUGUCAUCCAAUUGCUUCGCGCAUUAAUUGUUCCAGAUCAGAACACGUGGGACAAGGAAUUGCACAAAGUGAAGGGGAUGUACAACAACUCCAUUCACUCUGCGACUGGUGUGACACCAAACCAAUUGCAGUAUGGAUGGCCAAUGCGUAAUCCCCUCUCCUAUCUGUUCCCUGAACGGUCACCUGGUCUGAUGCCCGGCAUGCCUGGCUACAAUGCCAAGUACGCACGCUUGCUCAAAGCUGCUACAGCAGCUAUGAACAAGCGCCAGCAUGCCAUGAUCAAACAUGCCAAUAAGCGACGCAAAGAAGAAAAGUUCAAAGUAGGGGAUUAUGUUUGGGUCAAAAUGUCUGAGUUUUCUGAUGAAGAGGGCAUAUCACGGAAGCUUCUUCCACUGUACUACGGCCCUUGGCAGAUUCUGAAGGUGGAGUUUGCGAGUCCGAAGCUGAUGGAUAAUUCCUAUUGGGCAAAGGAUGGAGCUGAGGUGGGAUGGGGGGCAAAGGCGCAAGAAGUUCUCGGCAAAGUGAAGGGCAAAAAUUUCCGCCACGAGAAGACCAAGAAGAAGCGCGGAUCUUAUAAGGGUGGUAUCAUCGAUACCAAGAGUUAUUCUAUCAAGUUCGAGAACUCCGACUCGGAAUAAGAAAUUGAUGGAUCAAUCGGUGGACGGACGGACGGACGGACGGGUGGGUGAAGAAAGCAGCCCGUGUGCAAUUGGCAGCUCCGACGUCGCCACGUCCUGCCAGGAUACUUGCAAUUGCAUUGCCCCUAGCUUCUCCAAGGCCGCGUUUGUUCUUCUCUGCCACAUAGCUGAAGCUUUUCAUGGUUGGUGAGCUUGGUGAUGUGUUCGCGCCCGUGUUAACCGUGCACAUUCAUUCUAGUGAUUGUCUAGUGAUGUUCCAGUGAUAGCGGGUUUGAACAGUGUCGUCAACAUCAAUACUAUGUUGUCAACAUCGCUCUCGGUCGUAUCGUAAAAGAGGAGAUUUCCGGUACUUUGCGGAUUAGUGGAGCACCUGAUUGGCUUAGCAAGAGGGCCUGGUUCAUCAGCUUUGAACCUGGUCCGCCAGUUUUGCAACCCGUGUAUCAGCUUUGUACUGGGUGCGUUGGCUUUGUACGUGGCCCGUUACGUUUUGCACCUGGCCCGUUACGUUUGUACCCAGUCCAUCAGUUUUGCACCUGGCCCAUCCGUUUUGCACCUGGCCCGUUAGGUUUGUACCCGGUCCAUCAGUGUUGCACCUGGUCCAUCAGUUUUGUAGGUGAGCAGCAGACUUCUUCAGAGGUGUCCUGCGUGAGGUAGAGUUGGCGGCGGUACUGUGUUCCAGCGUCUAAAGUUUAGAAUCAGUUUGCGGUCUUGUUUCUUUCUUCUCACCCACCCCGCUUAAAGUGGUCUUGCGUUUAUGUGAACUUUGAUGCAACCUCUGUUGUUCCUUCUCUCUCUCUCUCUCUCUCUCUCUCUCUCUCUCUCUCUCUCUCUCUCUCUCUCUCUCUCUCUCUCUUAUGCUUAUAAUAUUUGGGCAUCUAACUGAUUACCUUGUACUUGGUCAUUUGAUGAUCGACUGUCAAGAGGUGUUUGGACCUGUGACAAGGGAGUCGAAGUCGAUAUGGUGUUGGAUCAGCAACUUGGGAGUUGAAGUGGGUACAGUGUUUGGGUCUGUGACUUGGGGAUUCGAAAAUCGGUCCCAGUUGCAACCAGUGGAUGAUGCGGGCCAGCUGAGGGAAAGGGGCGUGGGGAUGGGUGUGGAGCAGGCGGUGUGUUUUUUUUUUUUUUUUUUGGACUUUUUCCUUUUCUCCUAAUGAGGAUAGAUGUGGAGGAGGUAUUUUUCCCCAUGGCAAUAGGUGGGGGGACGAGGAGGUAAUUUUCUUUAAUGACGAUAGCUGUUGAUGGGUUUGUGUGAAGUUUCGAAAAAGUUGGGAGUUGUUGGAAGUGGAAGGCUGUCUGUACGCUGCUGUGUGGAGGUGGCGUGUGAUGACAGAUGGUCUGCUCCAACCUUGAGGACCCUAAAAUAGGUUUAGGUUUUAGGGAUGUUGACUCUAGGCAUCGCUCCACUACACAACUCGCUAAAUGCAUCUGGACGCUUUUUUCUGUACCAGGCGCAUUAGGACGAGUCCCAACUUUGUCAAUGAAUUGGGUCCAGAAGGCAUCCAAAUGCAUGUAGAAUGGGUAUGGUGCAUUAGGACGAGUCCAACUUUUUCAAUGAAUUGGGUCCAGAAAA